AUGGUUCGACCAGGUCUUAACCAGCCGAAUCAGGCACAUCCUCAGGGUGACGGAAACAACAAGGCCGGUAUUCAGCCAAACAUACCAACGGGUAUACCUGUCAAUGACCAAACACAAAAACGUUGGAAUUCCGAUCUAUUCGACUGCAUGAACGACAGUGAAAACGCUGUGAUAACAUGUAUAGUUCCAUGCGUCACGCUUGGACAGAUCGCUGAAAUUGUUGACGAAGGCGCGACAACUUGUGCGAUUGGUGGGUUGAUGUAUGGAGCGAUGUUUCUAACUGCGUUACCGUUACCGUGCGUGUACUCAGCCAUGUUCCGGGCCAAGAUAAGAAACAAAUACGGGUUACCGGAUGCUCCAGCUCCAGAUUGGCUCACUCACUUGAUUUGUGGGCCUUGUGCUCUUUGUCAAGAGUAUCGUGAGCUCAAACACCGUGGUUUUGACCCCAAAAUUGGGUGGGCUUUGAAUGUGCAAGCACAACAGCAAGAGAUGAUGGCUCCUCCAACAGGUCAGCAAAUGAUGGGUUGA